AUGUUACUUGGCAUCUACAUUCCAUUUCUCUUGUUUUUUUUGAGACCGUACCUUGUCUUCCCUGUUGCACGACAUUCGGAGAGCUGUUCAGUUGUGUUCGAAAGCCAUGACGGUAAGUUAGGAUGCGAUGAAAAUUUCAAUGAAGAUGAUUUCAGUUGAUUUGAGUUGUGUGGACCUUCAAAGUUCAUCUACAAAAUUUGAAGUUUUGGGUUCCACGAUUCAGGUUUCACUUUGUGGAGCAACAAAGUGAUUAUAGGCACCAGGAUUGCGUAAUUCUUUUUGUUCGCGCUUUCCGUUUUUUUAGGUUACCGUAGCUUUUGGUGAUCUUGCAGCUUUUGCUAAAUAGUCUUAUACUGUGUGCUUCAUUUAUUUCAUAUGUCUGUUAUAGUCUAAUGAAGAUGCAGCUUGUUUCGGUCUUCAUCGCCUUUUAUCGCUUUGCGCUGCUUCGCAUCGUUCGUUUGUUUUUGUACAGGCGACUUACUAUCUUGAGCACAAUAAGACAUGUAACUACAGGGAUAAAUAAGCACAGGAAUAAUAAAAUAACGAAGAAAAAUAUUGAAAAAAGCACUAUGACGAAAUUGACUUGUUUUCUUAAUAAGCCAAUUGCAAGUGGUAUGAAAAUUCGUUUCGAGUUUCUUUUUGUCAGAACUAAUUUUGCCUUCAUUAUCACAGGGUAUGCCUUAUUUGGUCACGAUUUCAUCAAAUUCAACGUUUCCGACUACUCAGAGUGUGCUUUGAAGUGCAUGGCAAAUGACACCUGUCAUUCAUAUAAUCUUCAAGCCAAAAAAAGUAGGCUUAAGUAUCAAAUCUGUGAGUUAAAUAACCAAUCGCGAAUAUCCAAACCUGGCGACUUUAAACACAAGCAGGGAUAUAUUUACAAUGGUGCUGUUCCGGUAGGUUUACUCGAAACACUUGUGAAGUUAUUUUAUGUGGGAAAUAAUUUUGAAUUAUUUAAUCUGCUAUCACUUCUCAAACAUUCCAAAUACAGUGCUGGUUUCCUUGCAAACAGCCCUACAACCGCUGUAUUUUUUUCCCGUUAUAUGUGUAUGUGCUAGAUGUAUUUCUGUUCAUGCAAAUACUUACUAACUUACUUACUUAAACUUACUUAAAAGUAUAGAGAAUAUGAGUAUUGAUGUAAAGGGUUAAAGUGCACUUGUAGAUUGUGUUGAUGAUAAUAAGAGCGGCGAUUUAGAAACUAAAUUUGAUCUCUUUCUCUGAAAAUUAUCAAGUGAGACUUGGCCAUUUUGCUGCAAAUCCUGGAAAAUCUUGCAAGCAUAUUCUUGAAUCAAAUGACUCUAAAGGAGAUGGGGAAUAUUGGAUCGAUCCCGAGGGCAACGGAAACCCUUUGAAGGUGUACUGUGAUAUGAAAACUGACGGAGGUAGGUGAAUGGUACUAAGAGAUGAUACCAUAUAAAAAUAUGCAUAGCAAUCUGUCAUGUCCAAGUCAAUAAGACGAAUAGAGAUACAAACACUAUUUUACAUAUAACAAAUCCACAAGAUUUCGCAUCUCUAUACCUAGAAUACUUUAGAAUUGAUGUGAGAUGUAUGGUUUAUUUAACAUUUCUAGGAGGCUGGCUUCUCACAUCCAUCUUUGUAGUAGAUAACUCGACUACUCCUCCCACUUGGACAGCUGAGCCAUCGUACCGCGGGAUCAGCAAAUUCACCAAUCAUAAAAUGGGUAUCACAAUUAGCGCCAUGAAGGAACUUAGAAGACACUUGUCUUUUACUCAGAUGAGAUUCCAUUGCAGCAAACAACAGGGACGUACGUUCCACGUGACCACUGCCGCUAACAGCUCUGGUGAAGCUGUAGUCCAGUAUUUCAGCGGUCAGACGAACACCCAGCCAGACUCGUGUCUCUCUUUUUUUAGAAUGAAAGAUGACAACUCUUAUCUCGCCAGGAAUUGUACCCGAUGGGGAAACGACGGAUCUUCGAACUUCGUAGGGAAGUGGGGGGAUAAAGGAAAACCAAGUUUAUACCAUUUCAUUGCAUUUGUUGCUACUCACUAUCACUGGAUGACGACCUCAAGCGAUCGCCUGUGCGACGACAAGAACGACCGUACCUUUAUAACUUUGUCAAAUGGAGACUUUUGGAAGAUUUUUGUUCGUUAA